AUGACUUCCAAUCAUCGCCAUCGCAAAACCACGACACCAACCCGCGAUCCCAGAGCCAGGCAUAGGUUUGGACUUGGAUAUAGCACGCCUCCUCCUCCUCCUCCGCCUCCGCCACUCAAACGAUCAUCGCCGUAUACUCCCCCCAGGUACCUCCACAGCCAAAUGACGCCAACUUCAUUCCGCAGAACGCCAUAUCGCACGCCUGUAUCACCCGUCCAAGCCUCUCUCGACUUUAGCGCUUCCAGCACCCCCAGUACUACCUCCUCCUCGACCGUUCGGCCACCAUCCAACCCUGCCCUUGAUCCCAGUUGUGAAUCCUGUUUCAAAACGCAUCACCUCAACGCCUCCCUCCGGAAAUCCCUCCUCGCCCACACUCGCGAAUUGUACGCACUCUUACAAACUUGGUCCAACGAAGCGGGCAUCGGCGACGGCAUGACCCCGAUCGAUCCAAUGGAGUGGCAACCAGAAAAGGCAGCGGUAGUGAUAGAGAAGGAGCGCAGGCCGAGCGAGAUGUGCAGGGUAUUGAUGAAGAUGGGGAGCGUGGAGGAUUGGGUUCGGGUUAUGAGGGAGCUGGAGGAGAAGGAAGGGGGGCAGAAGAUGGAGGGGGUAAAGGAGAGUUUAGAACGGAACGGAGAAGAUAUGAUGGACAGAGAAGGAGAAGGGGUUAGUGGGUUUGGUGGGAUAAGGGUGGUCACCCCCGCUGCCGACGUCGAUGUCAUCAGCGGAUACGUCCCUGGGAGUGUCUGGGGCCUUACAGGGCCUCAAUCGAACAUGGGCCUCUGGAAUUGGGGCUCUGCGGGCCUCUCAGCCAGUCCAGUUGGGAGUCCUCAAUUUCCCGACCGCAGGCAUCUCAGUCCAUGUCUCCCACUUUCAACAUCCGACAACGACGAGCACGACGUCCAUCACCAGAUCCAGCGCGUGCACCUCGCAACGGCAGCGUGCUUCUAA